AUGUCGCGAACGGCGCUCACGUUCCUCCCGCGAGCGCUCUCCGCCGCUUUCCGCCCCGCGCGCGUCGCGUCGAACCACCACCGCGUCCCCCUCCGCGCGAAGACGAUCGCGUCGUCCGCGUCCGCGUCGUCGCCGUCGAACCCGAACCCGAACCACGAGGGGGUCACUUCGAUCGCGAUGGAACUCAAGAGCGCGAACAAGGCGCACGGGGGCGAGGUCCGCAAGUACACGCACGCGUCCUCGUCCACGGGGACGGACAUGACGUUCAGCGUGUACGUCCCCCCCGCCGCGGCGCUGAGCCCCGUCCCGGUGAUCUACUACCUCAGCGGCCUCACGUGCACGGACGACAACGCGACGCAGAAGGGAGGCGCGUUCAAAGCCUGCGCGGACGCGGGCGUGAUGAUGGUGUUUCCGGACACGUCGCCGCGCGGCGCGGGCGUCGCGGGCGAGGACGACGCGUACGACCUCGGCACGGGCGCGGGGUUCUACGUCGACGCGACGAGCGCGCCGUGGAGCGCGAACUACAAGAUGUACUCGUACGUCACGAAGGAGCUCCCCGCGUUGAUCGAGGCGAACCUCCCGGCGGCGAGAGGAUUAAAAUCCAUCACCGGGCACUCGAUGGGCGGCCACGGCGCGCUGACGAUCGCGUUUAAGAACCCGACGGAGUACGCCGCGGUGAGCGCGUUCGCGCCGAUCGUGAACCCGUCCGCGGUGCCGUGGGGGAAGAAGGCGUUCGAGACGUACUUGGGCUCAGCGGAGGCGGGGAAAGACCACGACGCGUGCGAGCUCCUGAAGAAGCGCGGCGCCGCGUUUCCCGAGUUUGCCGACGUGCUCGUCGAUCAAGGCCUCGACGAUCAGUUCUUGACCGAGCAGCUGAAACCGGAGAACCUCGAGGCGGUCGCGAAAGAGGUGGGUCAGAAGGUGAGCGUGCGAAGGCACGCGGGGUUCGACCACUCGUAUUUUUUCAUCUCGAGCUUCAUGGAGGACCACGUGAAGUUCCACGCGAAAGCGCUCGCGUCCAAGGCGCAAGCGAUGGCGGACGCCGUGGACGUCACGGCCGACCCGGCGCUUCUCGCGGAGUUCGCGAAGACGGCGGGGAAGGACAUCGAGUGCAACGCCGCGGUCGCGUGGGGGCCGAAGCAACCGCUGACGAACGAAGUCGUGAUCGUCGCGCCGCCGAAAGCGGGCGAGGUGCGCGUGAAAGUCAUCUCCAACGCGCUGUGCCACACGGACAUCUACACCCUGGACGGGCACGACCCGGAGGGUCUCUUCCCGUGCAUCCUCGGGCACGAGGCUGGCGCGAUCGUGGAGUCCGUCGGCCCGGGCGUGACGUCCGUGAAGCCGGGAGACCACGUCAUCCCGUGCUACACCCCGCAGUGCAACGCGCCCGCGUGCAUCUUCUGCGCGUCGCCGAAGACGAACCUGUGCCCGACGAUCCGAUCGACGCAAGGCGCGGGCGUGAUGCCCGACGGCACGUCCAGGUUCACCGCGAAGAAGGACGGGACCGUGAUCAACCACUUCAUGGGAUGCUCGACGUUUUCGGAGUACUCCGUCAUCGCGGAGAUCAGCGCGGCGAAGAUAAACCCGCGGAUGCCGCUCAACAAGGCGUGCCUGUUCGGCUGCGGCGUCAGCACCGGCCUCGGCGCGGUGUGGAACACGUGCAAGGUCGAGGCCGGCGCCUCCGUCGCGGUGUUCGGGUUGGGCGCGGUGGGCCUGGCCGUCGUGCAGGCGGCUAAGAUGGCUGGCGCGGGGCGAAUAAUCGGCGUCGACCUCAACGAGGACAAGUUCGCGAUCGCGUCGCGGCUCGGGUGCACGGACGUCGUGUGCCCGAACGACCACGAGGGCAUCCCGAUUCAGUCUGUGAUCGUCGGCAUGACCAAGUGGGGCGUCGACUACUCCUUCGACUGCACCGGCAACGUGGAGGUGAUGCGAAGCGCGUUGGAGUGCGCGCAUCGCGGCUGGGGCGAGUCGUGCGUCAUCGGCGUCGCGGCGAGCGGCAAGGAGAUCGCGACGCGGCCGUUUCAGCUCGUGACCGGGCGCGUGUGGAAGGGCACCGCGUUCGGGGGUUGGAAGUCGCGGAGCGCGGUGCCGAAGCUCGUGGAGCGAUCUCUCGCGGGGGAGCUCCCGGUGGAUCACUACGUGACGCACGCCAUCGACGCGAAGGGCGGCGACGUGGCGGGGGCGACGAACGAGGCGAUCCACGCGCUGCACGGCGGCGAUUGCCUCCGCGCGGUCGUGACGUACCACAAGUGAUGAGCGAGGAGGAGGAGGAGGAGGGGAGAGAGAUCGCGCGCGAGGGAGGGACGGCGCGGCCGGCGGCGUCGUCCGUGCUCCUGGAAGUGCAAAAUGGAGGUUCGGCGCGUUGAAAAAAAAAAGUUCACCCU